AUGGCGACUUCUCCACCAGCAGCACCCGAAAUGGGAUCCUCUUCCACAAGCACAACGGCGGCUGCUGAUCCACCAGGAAAACUGUCGCCGAUGCGGCGCAUUUCCUCGAGUGCUAGGGAGCGCCUGUCGGUGUAUUCGACCGUGUCUCAAGCAUCUCAGCACCGGUCGCGCCCUGUGUCCCACGUGAACUCGCUCCUGCAUUCUAGCCUGCCGUAUGCUCUUGUGCGCGACUUUGCCUAUCCACAAACACAUCCUUUACAUUACGGUCCCGCUCCAGUCCCUUCGAGGACGUCUACUCCUGUGAGCGAGAGCAGGAGGCUUUCCGACCCCCAAUCUGGAUCAUGGGAUAUGUCUCGCACUUCGUGGUCAACAAGCAACUGGCCCUCUGAACCUUAUGGCAACCAGCAGCUUCCCGCUGUGUCAUUUGGCGAUGGAGGCCCGCCGUACAGUGAGGACGAGGAUCUCCAUAGCCCGAUUGUGACGUCUCGCCAUCGCAAGCACAAGUCAAUGCACAAUUAUGGUGGACGAGGACGAAGCCCUGGGAACAGCGGCCAUGAUUCCAUAUUUGCUCGCGGUGGCGACCGCGGCACCUUGGUGAGUAUAGACGGGGAUGGCAGCGAAACUUACUAUGUCAAGGACGACGAGGCAACCGAUGACGGGCCUGGCGGUGAUUUUAUCACAUAUCCAGCCCACCAAGGCCGGUAUUCCAUGUAUGCAUCGUAUGGGCAUUCCAACAAUGCAAACGUGACCUCAAACGACCCACAAUAUUUGGAAGGGCAAUACAUGUAUGCCGAUGACUAUUCAGACGCCGGCCAAUCCCGAUACUCGCGAGAUUAUCAAUUUUCCAUUGGGUCUCCAGAUGAAGAGAUGCACGGCAAAGCGGUUGCCUUGUUUGAUUUUACCCGAGAACACGAGAAUGAGCUCCCGUUGAAGGAAGGCCAAGUGAUCUUGGUUUCGUAUCGGCACGGCCAAGGCUGGUUAGUGGCUGAAGAUCCUCGGACAGGGGAAAGCGGGCUCGUCCCUGAAGAAUUCGUACGUUUGGUGCGUGAUAUCGAGGGUGGUCUCAACUCGCUGAACGUAGACAUCAACACCAUCGCCUUUGAGACGAAUAAUGUGCAAGCAAGCGCUAUUCCACCGACUGCAGAGACGGAUCCUGAAGAAGACAGAGGGAGGAAGGAAGAAGAUGCCGCUGUUUUGCCGUCUGAAAUCCUGCCCGCAACCAAUGGCAAUGGCAAUGACAAUCACCCUGAUAAACAUCAUCCUUCUGUGACUUCGACUUUUUCCACUAGUAGCCGUGACCUGAGCCCGUAUCCAUCGCACUUGUUAGGCGACGGCCAAGGCAAAGAAGACACCCCGGCUGAAGAGGAUCAACCUGCCGCAGACAAGGCCAUCGUGCCAAACAACGACAGUGGCAUGGUGCAUACCUGA